ACGGUCCCACCGUAUUAUUGUUCCCCUAAUGUCUAGAGUAGUUGGAACCGUAGCAUAUUCUACCAGCUUCUAUCGUCAGUUAUUUUCUCACAGUCGUAAAAUAUAAGUGUCCGAUGAUCUCAGCUGUAGCCUUUUAAAACACUGUUAAUAACAUUUGUUCUGCCUUUAAGACCAAUGUAAAACGGGUGGGACCUUGUUAGCUAGCCUGUAAUUUAUUCAAUGUAGAGGUAACAUUGUUGUUUAUCACGCUGCUUUGUAAACGUGUAUUUAUUAGCGGUGGAUAAAAUUGAAUCCAGUUUGAUCUUGGGUGAGCCGAUUAACGCACUUUAAAGUAAAUAUGGAUUCAGACGGGAGGAGACACAGCCGGAGUUGGGACUGGGACAGCCCGCAGUGCCGAGCACAGCUGGAUGAGAUCUUUUUCCGCCAGCACGAUUACAUCCAGAAAGGCAGCCCGGAGCAUAAAGAGUUCUGGGCUUUCUUUGACCGCUUCCAGAGGUUUAAAACAAAAAGGGACAUUUCUGGGUCCGGGGGAGCAGGUCGGAAACAGGAUAGAGAAGGGAAAGACAGUAGGAGAUCUGGAAAAAUGGACCUCGGCCUCCCUAAAGAGUAUGAUGCUCGCUACCGGAUUAAUGUUUCUGUUUGCACCAGGGAUAUCGAAGAGCGCCUGGGAAAGUCCAGAAGCUGGCAGAGAUCCUCAGGGCCAGGUAGUCAGGAGAUCUCAGACUGCCGCCUGGCUCUCCUGCAUUUCCUGGACUUCAGUCAGAAACAGAGUUUUGGUAAACUGGCCAAGCUUCGCCAGGAGCAGAAGAACCUGCCCAUUUUCCAGUACCGGGACAGGAUAGUGGCGCUGGUGCAAAGUCAUCCUGUAGUUGUAGUGGCAGGGGACACAGGCUGUGGCAAAUCCACACAAGUACCUCAGUAUCUUCUUUCAUCUGGCUUCAACCACAUAGCCUGCACUCAGCCUCGACGGAUUGCCUGCAUAUCCCUUGCAAAGAGGGUCAGCUUUGAGAGUCUCAAUCAGUAUGGCUCAAAGGUGGGGUACCAGAUUCGCUUUGAGACCACCCGAACCCCAGCCACCAAACUGCUGUUCCUGACUGAGGGGCUGCUGCUCCGACAGAUCCAGCAGGACCGGACACUGGCUCAGUACCAGGUGGUGAUUGUGGACGAGGUCCAUGAGAGACAUCUCCACUGUGACUUCCUUCUUGGGGUUCUGCGAUCUUUGCUGGCUGACCGUCCAGGCCUGCAUCUUGUUCUUAUGUCAGCCACCAUCAACAUCAAACUUUUCUCUGACUAUUUCAGUAGUGCUCCUGUGCUGCAGGUACCCGGCAGGCUGUUUCCUAUACAGGUGAUAUACCAGCCCAUUCCACCUGAGGAGCAGUCCUCAAGAUCUGAGAAAUUGGAUCCCAGACCAUACCUGCGCAUCCUGCAGGGCAUCGAUCAGCGUUACCCUCCAGAGGAGCGUGGUGACCUGCUCCUCUUCCUCAGUGGUGUGGCAGAGAUCUCCACCGUCCAGGAGGCCUGCCAGAUUUAUGCCACACACACACGUCGCUGGAUAGUCUUGCCACUGCACAGCACCCUCUCACUGGCCCAGCAGGAUAAGGUGUUUGACAUUGCUCCUCCUGGGGUGAGAAAGUGCAUCAUAUCGACCAAUAUUGCUGAGACGUCAGUGACAAUAGAUGGGGUGCGCUUUGUUGUCGACUCAGGGAAGGUAAAGGAAAUGAGUUUCGAUCCUAAGGCCAAGAUGCAACGACUGCAGGAGUUCUGGAUCAGCCGAGCCAGUUCUGAGCAGAGGAAAGGCAGAGCUGGUCGUACGGGUCCAGGAGUGUGUUAUCGCCUGUAUGCCGAGUCUGACUACAAUGCCUUUGCACCUUAUUCUGUCCCUGAAAUCAACAGAGUGGCUCUGGACUCCCUCAUUCUCCAGAUGAAGAGCAUGUGUCUUGGAGAUCCACUUUCUUUUGUCUUCAUUGAUCCACCUCCAGCUGCUAGUAUCCAGACUGCUGUUACUUAUCUGAAAGAGCAGGGGGCGCUAGACAGUCAUGGUGAACUGACCUCUAUUGGGAGUUUGUUGGCACAACUGCCUGUGGAUGUGGUCAUAGGGAAGAUGUUGGUGCUGGGCUCAUUGUUUAACCUUGUGGAGUCUGUGCUGACAGUGGCAGCAGCACACAGUGUUCAGUCACCUUUCCUGCGCAGCUCACAACAUAACCCAGACUGUGCCACUGCCCGCCAGCCCCUGCACAGCAACCACGGAGACCCCUUUACCCUGCUCAACACAUUCAAUUCCUGGGUGGAGGUGAAGGGAGAGAGAGGUGGUGGCUCAAGGAAGUGGUGCAGAAGGAGAGGUCUGGAGGAACAGCGACUAUAUGAGAUGGUCAACCUACGCAGACAGUUCAAGGACUUGCUGAGGAGCCAUGGCCUUCUGGAGUCAGAAUACAGUGCUUCCUCUGGCAGUGACCAUGGGAAGCGCAGGGAGAGGCUCACAGAGAGGAGGAAGCUGCAUCAACUGAAGAGAGAUCAUGAGCGGCAGGAGGGCAGCAGACGUAAAGUGCUGAGGCUCGACGAGGGCCAGGAUGGAGAGUUCUCCUCGGGGUCAGACACAGAGGGAGCAGGCAAAGGCAAGAAUGACAAGGAGGGAUCAGGACAGGACAUGGACAUACAGGAGGUGAAGUUUAAGUUGCGUCACAACGUGUCAGAGCUGCAGGAGGCAGUCAACGUCAGCCAGGACUUGUCCUCCCGCCAGCAGGCUUUGCUCAAGCUGCUGCUCUGCCGGGGCUUCUACCCUCAGCUGGCACUGCCCGAUGAACACAACUCCACCCGCAAGGACUCCGAGCAGGUGUUUCACACAAAGAAUAAGCAGGGGGUGGUCAUCCACCCCACCAGUGUGUUUGCCACGGACCCAGAGGUGCUGCAAGUGCCUGAGGAUGACACCAGAGAAAUGGGGCCUGACAGGAAAGGCAGCAGCAAACACCAGCUGCUAGCCUUCGUCACUCUGCUGGAGACCAACAAGCCAUAUUUGUCCAACUGCGUGCGGGUUCCAGCGCUGCAGGCUCUGCUGCUGGUGGCAAACUCCGUGGACAGUAAUGCCGACUGCACGCGUCUAGUGGUGGAUGGCUGGUUAGAGCUGGAGCUCAGAGAGCCAGAGGAGGCCCUGAAGGUUCUGUCCACAGCUCUGACCCUUAGGGCCGAGUGGGAGCGCCUCCUACAGGCCCAGCUGGGACAGAGCACACAGAGGGGAGCGGCAUUCCAGGGUGUAUCCCGCAAAGUCAUGGAGAAGUUGAGUGAAGGCCUCGUCCGCUUUCUGCUCUACACUGAGGUCAGUUACAGCCUGCGGCGACUCACAGCUUUCCACACCCAGAACCUGUACAUCGGUCCUCGUUCUGAGUCUGAGCUGUUUCACACCAAAGCUCCAGAUCUGAACCCCCUGUUUCCAGGAGCCGAGGCCAAGCCGGAUCCCAUUAAAGGAGGCCUGCAUGUUACCAGCUUCUUUACUUACAACUGUUUGGCUGACUCAAAGGAUCUCUACAGCGAGUGUUUGCGCAUGUUCUGGAGCUGUCCGAACUGUGACCUCUACAUGCCUCUGACUCCACUGGAACGCAUGCAGCACGAGGCCUCCUGCAGGCCAGCGGGAGAACAGCAGCAGCUGGAGGAAGAGCCACAAGGUGGAAGGGCAGGCUCUUCCUCAGUGACCAGUCUUACCAGAGUUUAUCACUGUGACGUCUGUAAUGAAGACCUGAACCUCACCUCCACUGAGAUCCUCAAACAUAAAAAGCAGCACAUGUAUUCUGCCAAGUAACUGGCCGCAAACUGACCACAGCAGCUGGAGAACAACUAAUCACAACUCGUGUUGAGCAAAGACUUGAGAUUAUGGAGAAAGUUAUUUUUUGAGUACUAUUUGUCUGUUUGUCCCCUUUGUACUUGAGGAACUUCAAAUUAAAGUGAUGUUACUUCGCUCUAA